CAUUCCCGCGCAGAAAAACCACCAAGCCGGCGGCACACAGCAGCGGCGGCCGGCGGAGCUAGCCAUGCCUAGCAGCGAUCUCACUCGUCAUCUUCCGCCCAACCUGCCCCAUCACGUCCCCUACUCCCGCGCGCUGCAGCAGCGCCUCUACCUCCUCGCGCAGCACGCCCGCCGCCGCGUCGCCUUCCACCCGGCCGGCACCGCCGCCGCCGCCGCACGCCGCGCGCUCGACCAGCUCCACGCGCAGCUCCUCCUCAACGGCUUCCACCGCAAGCGCUUCCUCCUCGCCAAGCUCCUCGCCCUCGCCGCCGCCGCCGCCGACCUCCCCCGCGCCGAGUCCCUCUUCCUCUCCGCACCGUCCCCUCCCACCUCCCCCACCCUCGCCAACCUCCUCCUCCGCGCCGCCGCCACGUCCAUCGCCCAGCCUCACCACCUCCUCUCCCUCCUCUCCCGCCUCGUUUCCCGCCACGGGUUCCGCCCCAACGCCUUCUCCUUCUCCACGCUCUUCGCCGCCCUCGCCCGCGCCGGCGCCGCAGCGCUCCCCCACGGGCCCGCCCUCCACGCGCGCGCGCUCGCCGCCGGGUUCGCGCGGUCCAGCCCGCACGUGGCCACCAGCCUCCUCGACAUGUACGCCGCCGCCGGGCAGCUCGUCGACGCCCGGAAGGUGUUCGAUGAAACGCCGGACAUGCUCUCCGCCUCCACCACGGCAUGGAACUGCAUGCUCUCCGCCUACGUGCGGUGCCGCGAGCUGGACGCCGCUCUGCGCUUCUUCCGCGAGAUGCCCCGGAGGGACGCGGUGGCCUGGACCACGCUGAUCGCCGGGUGCGCAAACACUGGUAAGGCAGCACAGGCGGUCGAGCUGUUCCGGAGCAUGAGGAAGGCGAGGGUCAAGGACGACGCUGUGACCAUGGUCGCCCUGCUUACAGCAUGCGCCGACUCCGGGGACCUGCGUCUCGGGCGGUGGGUACACGCGCGUGUCGACCAGGAACGCCAGCGCACCGUGUCGCUGGACAACGCGCUCGUCCACAUGUACGUGAGGUGCGGGGCCGUGGAGGACGCGCGCCGCGUGUUUCUCGGGAUGCCGAGCCGGAGCACCGUCUCGUGGACCACGAUGAUCUCCGGGCUCGCGGUCCAUGGCCGUGCCGAGGAGGCGCUGGAGCUGUUUCGCGGGAUGGAGGAACGGCCUGACGGCGCGACGCUGCUCGCCGUGCUGUCGGCGUGCGGCCACUCAGGGAAGGUUGACGAAGGGCGGAAAUACUUUCAAAGCAUGGAGAGAGUUUAUGGGAUCGCCCCGGAGGUACAGCACUACGGGUGCAUGGUCGACAUGCUCUGCCGCAGCGGACGGUUGCGUGAAGCGCUCGAGCUCGCGGAGACGAUGCCGUUGCAGUCUAAUGAGGCUGUGUGGGGUGCGCUGCUUAGUGGAUGCAAGAGGGAAGAUAAUCUUGAGCUUGCAGCCAAGGUGACUGAUAGAUUGAUAGAGCUACAGCCUGAGCGAGCAGCUGGGCACCUUGUGCUCCUGUCAAACAUGUAUGCGGGUGUUGGUCAGUGGGAGCAGGCUCGCAUUGUGAGGGAAAGAGUGGCUGCACUGAAUGCUGGGAAGCCUGCUGGCGGGAGCUGGUUGAAUCAAAACCAGACCAGCAUUUUUGUAGCAUGAGCUUAACAAAUUGGUUGAUUUCACUCACAAGACUUCAGAUGAAACAUUGUGCACGGUGUUCCACAUUCAAUGCAGUAAUCAUCAGAACUCAAAGUAUUGCAACGUCGCAACCGUCACAGAAGUAUAUGGAUGCAGUAAUAGAAAAAAGUUCAGGUCUAAAGCAGACGAAAAAUGAUCAGUCUACACUCCGCGGCACACUUACAUUGACAUCUGGUGAAGCUGUGGCACUAUGCACCAGUUUCGAUCUUUGCUCAUUCCAGCAAGGUUGGUUCCAAUGUCACCCAAGAAGCUUAUUGCAUGUGCCAAUGCCCAUCGCAGCAGCAAGAUGCCAUGCAGCAUGGAUAUAGGGUGUCUCUGGGAAGUAAUCAUCAGCAAUAAACAGCGCGCCUCCCAGUAGAGAUGACAUCUUGUGCAGGUUAUGUACCAUCCUGAGCUCUGGGUCAACUGAUGCUCUCUUUGCAAAGGAAACCUGCAUGCACGAACAGUUGUUAGAUUUGUCCAGCAGUUUUCUUUCAACAAUGAUUUAUCUCAUAAGCUGGUCAAUUGAUCAUUGAAAUGUUUUGUUCUAGACAGAAUAAUCUGCCAGGACAUUUGGAUGACUUGCCUCCAUCAUUCCAGUGUGGACUGCUGAAACCAUGAAAGGCUGAAACGGCAGAAGCAAUGUUGAUGCUGCCAUUAGUAGUCCUGGGUUCUCAUUCCUAACAGCUCUGGAUAAACACUACACAGAAAACAGAUAUGUCACGCAAAUUCUGAUCAUUUAACCACCACCGCCUGAUGGAAAAUAUGACUCACCAAUGUAGUGGUGGCAAUCAUAGUAUAAUCUGCCCAUCUCAGGAUUUUUCUGACUUCCCCUUUGGAAGAAUGAUACAGGCCUGAAGCUAUUCCUACUCCAACCAGCGAGUUGGCGUAGAUGGCAGCGUUCAAGUUCUUCCUGCAGCACCGAUUUUUCUUAUCAGAUAUAAAAUAAGAAAUAACAAGACAGAGGAACAUCUUAUCUGAGAAGAUGUCUUGCCUUGGUGUGUGCAGUCCAAGGAUAAUGAAGGGCAGAGAGGUGAGAACGUUUGCAAAGGUUUCGCCAGCAUGCUUGUCACCUGAUCAAAUAAAUAUGUCAGACAAGAUGCUUAAAAAAAAGGACGUACCCAGUGCUAAGAGCUCCCGCACUGUGCGGGGUCUGGGGAAGGUGUUAGUUGCAAGCCUUACCCUCACAAAGUGCAAUGUGAGGAGACCACGAAUCGAACCUGGGACCUCUCGGUCACAGGCGGUGAGGCUCUACCGCUGCACCAGGCCCGCCCUUCUAAAAGGAGGGAUGCAACACGAGGACUUCCCAGGAGACGGAAUGGAAGCUACCAUACAUGUGAUGCUGCAAUGGAUUGGCUUCAAGCAUGACGGCCUUUGCUGCCACAGACGACUGCAUUUCAAAGCACAAUUGAAGAAUCAGUGAAGCUGGUCCGGUCAGCUUCAUCGUCGCUCUGUGCCUGUGGGGGUCGACGCCCAACCUGUACUCCGUAGAGGCCGUCCAAGAUGCCGGGAGGGUUUCCUCUACCACCCUGGACACCCAUUUUCCUUGCCCCUUUUGUGCUUAUUCUUCACAAUCUCGCAGUUACUCCGAGCCCUGGCACUGGAAGCAGGUUGAUAUCGUGGUUGUUGCAAGAAACUGAUGGAGUAAGAAUGUGGCAAGCGCACCUUAGCUAUGGAAGAUUAGGUACGUGAGAUUGUAGCGGAUCUCCUGCGUCUUCUCCGGCGGGUGCAGGCGGCUGGUCCGGCCGGGAACGGCAACGGGAAUAAAUAGCGGAUGGGAAGUUGCUGAAAUCCUGGAGCGACGCGAGAGACGCCAAGUCAUAUGGAGAGCAGAGGAUGCCGAUUCCAAACGGAUCUUCCCUCUGCAGCGCGGCCGUGGGGCUCGCUCUCACGCUCUGGGUCCGAAUAUCCUCUCGCCCACGGCGCGGCAUCGUCAGAACUUGCACGGAAGACAAUUCCAUGUAGCCAAAAUGCAACGUGGAUUCUGAACAGAGCCAAGCGAGUGGUUAAGACGCAAACAAAGUUGGAAGCUUGUAGUAGUAGAACAGCGGAACGUCUUGCGACCACGCCUGUUUCUGGUUGGUGGAGGCGUGACAGAUUCUACCAACUCUACUACAGAACGUAAAAUCACCUCCAGGUGCUAUUCAAAAUUUAUCUUUUUCUUUGGUAUUUUUCAAGGGAUUUUUUGGAAAUAAUCUUCUUGGGACCU